GGUAAAUAGCUAGUAUCCAUAAAAUUGUGUAUCAUUUUGCUCUGCAACAGCCAGAAAAAAAAAUACACCAAAGAAAUGGAUUCUCUUCGUCUUCUCCAACCUCUCAACAGUCUCUUCUUUCCUCAGCAGCGAAGUUCUCGUUUGAUUCAUUUAUCAACCUCCUUAAAACCUCUACUCUCGAAAAAGCGCAAUCUCUCGAAGCCCUUGACUCUCACAUUUGCUCUUACGGAAUCAAAUUCUCCUCAACCUCUACAAACAAACUCGAAAUCUCUUCUCCUAGAACUCUCUAAGUGUUUCGAUCUUCCAUCAGAUUACUUCCAACAGCUACCAAGUGAUCUUCGUCUCGAUUUAAAUGAUGCUGCCUUUGAUCUCUCCAAUGGACCCAUCAUCGAUGAGUGUGGUCAAGAGCUUGGGGAGACCUUACUGAAUCUGUCCCGUGCUUGGGAACAAGCUGACACAUCAACUUCUCGUAGUUUAAUGAAGAAACUUCCCGAACUGGAAAGUUCAUUAACAGAUGGUGCCAAAUCAGCCUUUGGGAAGCGUCUGAUAUCUGCGGGGAAAAGAUUCAAAGGCAUGGGACAGUAUGGUCAAGGUGAAUUACAGAAGAUUGCUAAAGCCAUGAUUGCAACUGGAGAGGCCUUAGCUGCAAGUGCAUCAUCUGCAUCAGUCAGUUAUGAAUCCAAGUCGCAAACAAGGAUGUUUAAGUUUGGGGAGCUUCAGGUUGCUGUGAGUCCAGAGAAAGCCUACGCCGGAGCCGCCAUUGCAUUCGUCUUUGGCAUACUUUCAUGGCAAGUCAGUCAAGGGAUUCAAAACAUACCAGAGAGCUCAUUGCAGUAUGCAAAUGACAAUGCAUUGCAACUCGCAAAGUCUCUUAGAGGAUCUCUUCUUGCUAUGUUUUAUGCGUCGACCGUCUUGUCAGGAUUCACAACAGUUGGGCUUCUCUUACUCGCUAAGCAGCUUUCAUCAGAGAGAGAGUGAAACUUUUGUUAGCCUAAUCCUUCGAUGAUGGUCAAUGAAACUUUUGUUAGUCAUAUAAUCCUUCCGUGAUGGUCUCUUAUACUCUCUCAUGUUCAGGGCCAAAUAUUGUAUCUACUACAACUUCAACUUUUUUAAUUUUAUCAGUCCAUUAAAUUCUGGAAUGAGUUGAGUGUACAUAUUUUCUUAAAGAGAAAAUGAAAUCUCUGUUACGAGUAACUGAAGUCGUUUAUAUGAAUGAAUCAGAGAAUACAAGUUGGAUGAUUUAAAGUUUAAACCACAGCUAAUGUUGAAUGUACUCUGGAAACCGGUUUAUUCGAUACCCUUUGUUGUUUCCUUAUCCAUUCCAUUGCUACUCCAUAUCUCUUUGAGUCUCAUCAAGACACUGUUAUCAAGGGAGGGCAUUAGCUCUUUGACAACAGAAACAAUGAUCGACUCAUUUGACUUCUCUUGCAACGAUGAAGCUUGCUUUUCUUCACUCCCUGCAACAGGUUCGCCUCUAAGAUAUGAACGUUCGUCCGCUUCUAAUUCUACGCCUUCUCGGUCAGCGAAUUUCUCUAGUAAGCGGCCGAUUAAGUUAUGUGCAACCAAGCUUGUCUCAUCACAAAUUUCUUGGACGGCUAGGUACUGGUUCUUGUUUCUUCUGAGCGGAUUCUGCUCACCAUGAUGAUCAUCACUCUGUAUGUUUUCAACAGAAAAUAAUGAACGAGAACUAAACUGGUUAUCAUCUACUUCCAUCUCAAUAUCCCUCUUAACCUUGCUCGUAUCUAUGUCAUGUCUACCACUGUUAAGUGUUGAUUUAUUAGACGUGGGUGUGACAAAGAGAGAACUACGAUGAGCUCUUGUAACACUCUCUGACAAGUCUCUUACAACGACCGAAGAGCUCACACGCUGCUGGUUGAUUGUGUAUGUAGAAGCAGCCAGAUCCAAAAAUGAGCAUUCUGCACCACCUUCUUCAUUAUCCGGAGACGAGGAAUCACUUGCAUCGUCCUGAGUACCAUCAUCAUCAUCAUCAUCACUGUCUACUAGCUCCUCCAUGUAAGCAUCACCAAAGUCCUGCUCAAGCUCAUAAUGUGGUAUACAUUGCCAAAACAUUUGCUUCACUUGAGCACUCACAUUCAACACACACUCCGUCUCUUCCUCAAUCGCUUCCCUCGGAAACUCCUUAUACUCUACAUUCCGCGGACUCUCGUUGACCAACGAAAGAGCCUUCGUUAAAGACUCUGGAAUAAUGUCCAUAUCACUGCACUCAAACAGAUACUCAAUCAACAUCGUUUUAACCGCUAAUCUUAAGCUGUUGUUUGAUACUUUGGCUUCUGGGUCUAAGAUAAGACGCAGACUUUCAAGCUCAUCAAUACUAACCACGUCACUACUGAUUAACCAAACCGCCUUCACUAUCUCGUUCUGAAGUUUCUUCGUUUCCGGUGACAACUGCAAAAAAUCUGCGGCGGCGACAGCUUUGUAGCCAGAACUUACUUUAAGUGAUAAAUCAGCUAACAACACCGCCUUAGCCAAUGGUUCCUGAAGUUUAUCCCCUGUAGAAAGCAUCUUCUCGCUAGCUUGCCUCACUUGGUCCAUCAGUUUGCCUCGACUCAUACUGCAGCUACUGAUAUUAAACCGAGGAAUCGUUCUUGAGCCUUUAAGUUUCCUUUUCAUUGCAAGUAGAGUCUGAGUCGAUAGCUUAUCUAGCUCGUUAAGUACCUUAGUUAUAGCAUCACGAUGGGACUCAAACGUUGGUGUUGACAAAUCAAUCUUGCAAUUUUUCCGAAAAUUUCUAGGAUCACUAAGAACUUGAUGCAUCUGCUUAACAAUGUCUGCCGUUCCUGUAUCGUCUCUUCUCUCUCUGAAGUCUCUGCGGAUUGAUUCUCUGAUGAUCUUUUUCAUUUUCGAUCGGGUCUUCUCGAACGAAGUAGAAGUAGAGUCUCUUGUGACUAUCGUUGCAAUGAGAUAUAGACCCUUUGUCGUCAAAGAGUCAAGACUCAAGUCAAGCGUUUUAACAACGUCUUUAGUGCAGAGCUUUGACUCCUUUUGUGGAACCUCUCCCUUCUUGCGAAUUCCAAAUCCUUCUUCUACACGUGACUUUACAGUCUCAGAAGUAUACCUACAUCAUCUUCCCUGAGCAAAGAUUCAGGGAGGAAAUCGGAUUCGAGAAAGUCUGAUUUUUCCAGAGUAUGAUCCUCAGAAAGACCCAACAGCCACCUACGAGUGAGUCGAAUCCGCUCCUCUUGAUCCUCAAGCUGUGAAACUAUCGAAUCACAAUCCGUCUGGAAGAAAUUUGAGCUAUUACUAUCCAUCGCGAACUUCUGAGAGGCGAAUUAGCAGGAGGAGGAGUUUUGGAUUAGGAAUUAGGGUUUAUUAAUCAUAUCUCGUUAAAUCGGGAUUGUGAAGUAUCAGAUUUUUGGAUUUAGGAAUUAGGGUUUAUCAAUGUACACAACUCAAUGCCUGAGAUAGUGAAAUCGUCUACAAUAUCGAUCUGCAAUGCUCCUUUUUUAACUUAAAAGUUUUAUAAAUUUUUUGUAAAUGGAAAAAAGGGGAAAUUACUGAAAACCAAACCAAAUCUAAUCAAAUUACCAUUUUUAUCUGGGUUUAAUCCAAGAAAUUUGAGCUUUAAUAAUAGAUCGGGUUUACCCAAAAAUCAUUCGAAUUUUUUUCAAAAUUUUCAAAUAAGAUGAUAUCGAUCUCACACGAACCGUCACCGAAAGAGUCUCUUAUCGAAACCGGAAAAAACCCUAACGGCGUUAGAAACAGGGAGAGAGAUUGACAUCGACGGAGAACUCGAUUUUGCGGAGAACAAACGAUGGCGAGGACGAGAAACAUGCGUAAGGAAAAUCCGAGUCCGAGUCAGAAGCCGGCGGUAAAGAAACGUAAGACAAAAUCGGGAACGACAGAGGCGAUUCCGGGUGGAGAGGCUCCUCCUCCUCCGAUUGUCGAAACACAAACGACGGAGGGGUUCCGGCUCGAGAGGCUCAUCCUCCUCCGAUUGUUGAAGCAGAAACGACAGAGGCGGCUAACAAGACGUUGAAGAAGAUGUAGGAGAAGAUGGAGAAGAAAACGGAGAAGAAGACGGAGAAGAAAGCGGAGAAGAAGACAAGAAUGAGUAACCGGAGGUGGAGAUGAGUCAGAAGGAGAAGCCUCCAGUGAUGGUGAUUCCGAUGGAGAAGACAGAGAACAGGGUGUGGAUAGCGAGGCCGAGGAGUACGAGACAAAAAGCGAGAGAGACGACCGGAAUCCUGGUACCUUUGAAGAGACGAUUGCCAUGCGACCAGGCAUGUACUUGAAGCCUGAUCAGUAUAACAAAAGCAUUAAACUAUCAACCCGGUGUUUCGUCCAAGAAGUUAUGGAGACGUUUGAAAAAGUGGAUCUGACUCCGACGGAAAGAGAGUGGUUUGAGCAGCAUCUGCAGUUCUGCCACAUUCUUCACAUGUCGAAGAGCAAUCAUAUGGUUCAACUAUUGUGGAUGUUGUUGCUGCGUACUGCUAGGAUCGAAAGGAAGAAGGAGGCUUGGUUUGUGGUGAAUGGCGUUCCCGUCCGAUAUGGGUUACAAGAGCAUGCUUUGAUCUCAGGACUCAAUUACAGCAACUACCCUCUCUACUAGAAUAAAAGAGGCAAGUCUUACAUGAAGCAAAAGUAUUUUCCUGACAAAAAGAAGGUUUUAAGGGAGGACGUAAAGAAAAAGCUUGAGGAGAUGGGCCCGGAUGAUAGUGGAGAUAGGCUCAGGAUGGCGGUGUUGUAUUUCUUGAGCAGCAUCAUCUACUCUCCCCCAAAACCGGAGACAACGCGAACCCCGUGCUCGAAGUAUUCUUAAAAUACGCUGAUGAUUUGUAUAAGUGUAAGACAUUUCCUUGGGGGAGAUUGUCUUUUGAUCGCAUCUUAGAAUCCAUUUCGGAUACGAUGAAGCACUUUGUUGAGAAGAGGUUGGGCAUUGCAUGGUCGUUUUCUGGUUUUUGCAUUCCUUUGGAGCUUUUGGCGAUGGAUGCCAUUAUGCCACUGAGACAGAGCUUCCGAGAAGCUGUACUAUAUCCUAACGUCGAUUGUCCGAGGAUGUGCAGGUCCAAAUGGAAGAAAUGCGACCUGAGAGGCUGGCCACUUGAGACUGUGUAUGAAAAGCUCGGAUGCGAAAACAAGGACAUUGACAGUGUGCUGAUAGCUUCGGAGGAGGAGAAUGCGAUGUUGGAUUUGAUAAUGGAAAUGGAGGACAAUGAUAAUGAGCAUGAUCCUGUUGUGGAAAGUUGGGAAAAAUGUAUUGAUAAUGGAUUCACGGUUGUGUUUGAAGACAUGAAGGAGGAAGAUGUGAAAGGGCGAGAAAAAAUGGUGGAGGAAAGAGGAAGGAAAAAACUCCAAGCUAAGAAAAUAUCUCUGGAGGAUGUCGUCAGCGCGAUGGAGACCAUGGCAGAGCAGUUGGGUUUGCUCAACAACAUGGUCCAUAAAAUUGAUGACAGGAUAAAGCCACUUGAAGACUGUGUGAAAGCGAGAAAGGAUUCAGGCUCUUGAACAAUGUUUGUUUUUAUAUUUGGUAAAACUUUUUUUUUGAUUUGGAACUAGUACUUUGUUUUUAUUUUCGAUCUCGGAUGAACUAUUUUUUUAAUUUGAAUUAUUGAAUUCCAG